ACUUUCGUUCACUAUGUAUAUGAUCAUAAAGUGAAAAGCAAACCGUAGAUCUAUACCACACCGAAGUUGAAAAAUCCUCUGAACUUAGCCGAGAUGCGCGAAUUAUUAUGCUUCUUUCAUGAAAUGAAUAGUAGGCAUGUCGCCGAAUAAGUUACAUCGGAAUUUACCAACGGUUUGUGGUUACUCGUGAGAACAGGUACCGAAGAUUGAAGGUGCAAUAAAUUGUUUAUUUCUUCGUAAAUAAGGCAUCGAACAAUGUAUGAGAACGAAUUAGACGACCAUUAAUAAAAAUCCUACUAUCGUUCUCUUACAUUAUUUGGUUAUUGGUACGAAGCAUCACAUGUGAAGCAUAACUUAUUUUCGUAAACGUUGUGAAUGUGGAAUGUUUGCUUUUCAUUUUUCGUUUGUUCCUAAUUAUGUGCAGAAAAAUAUUGAUUAAAAGUGAAUAGACUUAUGUAUAAUAUGUCAGAAACUAGACUUGACAUGGAUAUUGAUAAUCAGAGCGAAGACGGAGAAAUAAAAAAAAGCCCAUCGAAGGAUAUGGAAGAUUUUAGUUUUUCAGAGGAGGAUGGUGGAGAUACAGCGGAUUCUUUGGAUAUAAAACCACCGCAGGCUGUUGUGCGGCAUUAUAAAUCUAAUUCUUCAAGGAGACGAGAUAAACAUGGUGAGAGAAGAGAUCGUAGGGAAGAGAAAGAACGAAAGUCUCGUCAUCAUGAACGAGGAGAAGACAGACACAGAGAUAAACACAGACAUCGAAGACACGGUAUAGAUAUUCUAGAAAGAUCAGACCGCUCAGACAGUUCUAAAAGAGAUAGGGAACGAUUAGAAAGACUAGAAAGAAUGGAAGGUCAUAGAGAAAGAGAAUCUAGACAUGAUAGGAAAGAGAGAAGCACAGGAGACCGUGUCUUGGAAGAUUUGAGAGAAAGAUUACUAGAUAAAAGACGAGAGAGAAGAGAAGAUUCACGAGAUAUACGAGAUUACAAAGUAGAAGCUCGUCGAGAAAUUCGCAUAGAAGAUACACGGGAGUUGCGCGACACGCGCGAACGUAGAGAAAUACGUCUAGAAGAUAUGCGAGAACGUCGUGAAAUUCGUACCAUCGCAGAUGAUGUGAGGGAACGUCGCGAAAUUCGUAUAGAAGAUCAUAGACACUUGAGAGUGAUAGAAGAACAGUACUCUGAAACAGAGCUCAUGGAACGACCCGAAAGAAGCGAGAAACGACACAAGAGAUCUCACAAACACGAUCGACUUCGCGAUAGAGAUAGAGAAAAGGCGGAACGCGAGAAAGAACACAGGGAAAAGCAGUUACGCGAAGCAAUGGAAAUUGCCACGGAAGAACCUGAUGAUAUGGAAAUCAAUGAAAUACCGAUGCAACCAAAAGAUCCAAAGGAAAUGACGGAACAGGAACUUAGAAAAGAAAGAUUGUUAGAAGCUGAUAGGGAAAUGGCUAGGAGGAAAGAAGUCUCUAGAUUAGAAUUGCAAGCACGUCGAAUGAAAAGAGGAGAAAAACGACCUUUAAGCCCUGAUAAUAAUCAGGACCCAUCUAUCGUGGAAUUAUCCGAUGAAAGUCCAAGUCCAGUUCAUUCCGAUGAAGUUCGUUCCAAAUCUAUCGAGUCCAGACACUCAUCCGAUGGUCAAAGGAGUAUACGUGAACGAUCUUCGGACAGACAUUCUUCCGAUUCGUCAGAGUCUAGUAGCGAGGAUGACGAUGAGUCGAACGAUUCAAACAAAGGUUCUAAUGCUGAUUCCAAUGACGGUUCCGAUUACAAUAAUCCAAGUCCUUUAUCAGUGGAUCGGUUAGCUAAAUCGGAUCACUCUGACGGAGAAUCACCUGGACACGUUGAUUCGAACGGCGCCUCCAAAAUUGUAGAGGAAGAAGAAAAGAAGGAAGAGGAGCCCGAACUGCCGCCGUAUUUACCAGCAAUUCAGGGUUGCAGAAGCGUGGAAGAGUUUCAGUGCUUAAACCGUAUCGCAGAAGGUACCUAUGGCGUAGUCUAUAGAGCACGAGACAAACGUACGGAUGAAAUUGUUGCUUUAAAGCGACUGAAAAUGGAAAAAGAAAAAGAGGGAUUUCCAAUUACCAGUCUUAGGGAGAUAAAUACUUUGCUACAGGCACAGCAUCCAAAUAUUGUUACUGUACGAGAAAUAGUCGUCGGUAGUAAUAUGGAUAAGAUAUUUAUCGUGAUGGAUUAUGUGGAGCACGAUUUGAAGUCACUGAUGGAAACAAUGAAACAAAAGAAGCAAGUUUUUAUACCAGGAGAGGUUAAAUGUCUUAUGCAACAAUUAUUGCGAGCAGUCGCCCAUUUACACGACAAUUGGAUAUUGCAUCGAGAUUUGAAAACAUCGAAUUUGUUGCUAAGUCACCGCGGUGUUUUGAAGGUUGGUGAUUUUGGUUUAGCUCGAGAAUAUGGUUCUCCUCUAAGACAAUAUACUCCAAUUGUUGUAACACUUUGGUACAGAGCUCCUGAAUUACUACUUAGCGAAAAAGAAUAUAGUACUCCAGUUGAUAUGUGGUCAGUCGGGUGUAUCUUCGCAGAGUUAUUAAGAAUGGAAGCACUGUUUCCAGGUAAAUCAGAGAUUGAUCAAUUGAACAGGAUAUUCAAGGAAUUAGGUACGCCGAAUGACCGUAUAUGGCCAGGGUACAGCAAACUGCCAAUGGUACAAAAGAUUCCAUUUGCUCAUUAUCCCGUAAACAAUUUGAGACAACGUUUUAGCUUGUCUCUCUCGGAUCUGGGCAUUGAAUUAUUAAACAAGUUCCUUACCUACGAUCCUCAACAACGAAUAUCUGCAGAAGACGCUUUGAAACACGGUUACUUUACGGAAGCACCUUUACCGAUCGACCCACAAAUGUUUCCUACAUGGCCGGCCAAGUCGGAGCUUGGUUUGAGGACAGCAAAUGCUUCUCCAAAACCACCGAGUGGUGGAAAAGAAUACAAACAAUUAGGGGACGGUGACGAUGCUGAUUUAAGCAAUUCUGGUUUUCACAUGGGUCUUAUGGAAGGUGGAAGGCAACCACCUGUAGGUGGCGGUUUUCAUUUAAAAUUUUAGAUACACACGACAAUUUCUAUGAAUUAGAGCAGUUGCUUUUCUACGGAAACUACUUUGUAUAUAAUUCUUUAAAUGAUUCACAUUUUGAUUAAAUGAACAUUGAAUAUAAGUAACUAAAGGACAUCAACAAUUUCGUACAAAAAAAAAAAUUGUAACAAUGAUUUGCAAGCAUUUAAGUUUGCUUUCUAUUACAUUUUAUUAUUCCUUCAGACGUUGCUUCAUACAACAAUAUUUCUAGAAGUAUAUUAUUUUAUUUUGGUUGAAUAUUUUUUGAAACAGCUACGAAUAGGUGGUUGGUUGAUAAAAGGUCAACAACGGCAGCAUACUCUUUUACAUUUAUUUAUUACUAAUAAGCUUUUAUUAGGCUGAAUAAAUUUGUUGAAUGUACAUGAUAAAUAAAACGUAGCUGAAUUACUACUGAAUUUUAUGAAAUAUAAUACUGUCUUCAAACGAU